UCGACUUCAGAAAAAAAUCAAAACAUAAACUGAUGCAUUAAAAUUAGGCCACAAAAUUAAUGCCAAACAACCACAUUUGUCAAAUCUUUUUGUUUCAUCAAGUAUCCAAAUGUCCAAAAAUUCCAAAAACUUAAAAACAGAUUUAUUGAGAGGGAAGCUUGAAAAAAUGAAAAUCCAAAACUAAAAACAAAAAACAGCAACUCAGGAGGGAAAAAAUCAAAUGUAGGAUACACAGAAUUUGAGAGGGAAGCAUGAUAAAAAUGAAAAUCCAAAACUGAAAACAGAAAACAGCAACUCAGGAGGAAAAAAAAUCAAAUGUAGGGUACACAGAAUUUGAGAGGGAAGCAUGAAAAAAUGAAAAUCCAAAACUGAAAACAGAAAAAAGCAACUCAAGAGGGAAAAAAAUCAAAUGUAGAGUACAUAGAAUUUGAGAGAGAAGCAUGAAAAAAAAUGAAAAUACAAAACUAAAAACAGAAAACAGCAACUCAGGAGGGAAAAAAAUCAAAAAUCCUCUAUAUAUGCUCUAUCAAUUGCACACAUUAAUUGCACAUCAAACAAACACAAUGGGUAAAACAAAAGAUGUUACUCCACAUCAAAAAAACCCAAAUUAUGCAAAAAGUCCUCUCUAUCAUCAACAAAAAAGGAAGAUCAGAGCUUGGCACAAUCAACAAACUAGCUACUAAAUUUCAACUUUGUAAGAAAACCAUAAUAAGGUUAUGGAAGGAAGUUCAAAGUCAAAUCAACACCAACCAACAGUAAUCAACUUGGGGAUUAAGAGGAUUGGAAGAGAACCAAGUAACAAGAUUCAAUUCAAUGAUGACAAAUUCAAAGCAAUCAAAUGUGAACUCAAGACAACGCAACAUUCAGUGGCAAAACAAAUGGGGUCUCACAAUCAACUGUAUUUAGAUGGAAGAAGAAGAAAAUCAUAAGGAAGCACACAAAUCCUCUAAAACCUGCCCUUACUGAAAAAAAUAAGUUGCACAGGUAUGCGGCCUUUUAUAAGUCAGGAGCCUGCAAAGAGGAGCUCAAAGAACAGGAGGAGGGGAGAAUUAGAAAGUAAGCCAAUUCAAUCAAUCACUAAAGAGCAUAUGAGGGCAAUGCUCAUAACCAAUGUCAUACCGACAAUUAGAGCUAAAUGGCCUAGUAUGCUUUCAAAAGACAUUAUCAUUCAACAAGAUAAUGCAAAACCUCACAUAGCACCUUAUGAUAAGGAAUUUGUUGAUGAAGCAACAAAAGAUGGAUUCAAUAUCCAACUUGUGCAACAACCACCAAAUUCACCUGACAUGAAUGUGUUAAAUCUUGGUUUCUUUAGAUCUAUUCAAGCAUUACAAUUUCAAAAGGCAGCAUACAAUGUAAGACAAUUAUUAAGAGCUGUGAAUUUGGCAUUUGAGAAUUUAAAUCCUCAGUCUUUGAGAUUUGUGUUCAUAACCUUACAAGCUUGCAUGAUUGAAGUCAUGAAAAGAAAAGGUGGUUUUGACUACCACAUACCACACAUGAACAAAACCAAACAAGCAAGAGAUCGAACAUUGCCAGAUUAUUUGUCAGUUGACAAAGUCUUGGUUGUUGAUUCACUUCAACACUUGCUAACUAAGGUGAGCAUUGAAAUAAUUAAUGAAUUGGUCCAAAUGAUUGGGUUUCAAGGGGAUGUUCAAGUUAGUGAACCACAACUUCAAGUCACACAAGGCAGAAUUCGCAUGGACAACAACAACCAAACAUCUAGCAACACAUAA